UACUUUACCAUUUCAUUCGAACCAAAGUAAAACGGAAUGGGAUUUUAAAGUUAUUUUUCUUGUAAUUAAGAACUAACUUCAGCCGGCUGUCAAGCAGUAAAGUCAAUAAAAUAGUGUCGGCAAAUUAAAUCGCAGAUAAAAGUACGCCUAGUGCUAACAGUAUUACUCAGAAAGUGAACAGCACUGCCGAAAUACUAUAUUUUUAUAUUUAAAUAAAAAAUGCGGCAAUUAAUAACAUUCGUGUGUGUUAUAUUUACUAUUCCUUCCUCAUACUUAGCAUCAACAAGUAUCAGCGGUUCAGUUGAAUUAGAUGAAUUUACUUUCGACAAAAUAAUAAAUAAAUUUGAUGCAACUGUAGUAAAAUUUGAUGUCGCUUUUCCAUAUGGUGAUAAGCAUGAUGCUUUCGUGGCGCUCGCUAAAGAAUCAAAGGACAUCGAAGAUCUACUAUUCGCUGAAGUAGGAGUUAAGGACUAUGGCGAUAAAGACAAUGAAGCUUUAGCUGAUAGAUAUGGCGCUUCAAAAGAAAACUUUCCAUUGGUAAAAUUAUUUUUAAAAGGUAAAAGCGAACCAAUUACCUUCGAUGAUAGUAAAGGGUUUACUAGUGACCAGCUACGUAGAUUUAUUCGCGACAAAAGUGAAAUAUACUUAAGCUUACCAGGUUGCAUUAAAGAUCUUGAUUUGCUUGCUAUCAAAUUCAAAAAUUCAGAUGAAGAUGGUCGUAAAAAUGUCCUCAAAGAAGCUGAAAAUGUUCUAGAAAAACUAGGUAGCAAGGCAAACCCAACUGGAAAAAUCUAUAAAACUAUAAUGGAGAAAGUAAUUGAAAAAGGCGAUGACUUUAUUAAAACUGAAAUAAAACGAGUUAAAAAACUAUUAGAUGAUAAAAUUUCAGAUAAAAAGAAGAAUGAACUAAGUGGAAGAAUUAACAUCCUCCAGUCUUUCACAUUUCCUCUUAAACAGAACAAAAAAGAAGAACUCUAAUUGUCUAGAAUAUUACUCAACAGAAUAGUACAUUAGAUUUAACUAUUAAUUAUAAAUUUUCUGUUGUAAAUAUUUUAUUGUAAAUUAUAAGUAUGGAUUUUAAAAUAUCGAGUCAAAUAAACUGAAUAAUGUAUUCAUUUUACACAUUCCUUUAUUACUUAAAUAAUUAUAUGUAAGUGUGGAUUUUGGAAAUAAAUGAUGCACGUGUUUGUGUUCUCAUGCAAUAAAGGUUUGAAAG